AUGGCGGCCGUGGUGGCGGCGGUGGAGGCGGGGGUAGUGGCGGUGGCAAGCGGGAGGGGAUGCAGCAGUCGGCUGGUGCGGGGCCUCUACUGGCGCCUGCGCGCGGUGCUGCGGCGCCUGCGGUCGGAGCGGGCCAGGCGCGGCCGGAGGUUCAGCUUCCACUACGACGCGCUCAGCUACGCGCUCAACUUCGACGACGGCCGCUUCACCCCCGCCGCUGCCGACCUCGUCGUCCCUGUCCCCAGCGACAACGACGCGCUACGGUGA